CGUGAAGCCACGCCCACUUUGUUUCAUCUGAGUUUAUCGCGUUAAAACGUGCACGCGCUUACAAACUACAACUCCCACAAUGCAGCGCGUCACGUUGACUUCCGGGUCGGUGACCAUCAGAGAGCAGCAACAGAAAGUGUCUCCAUGCCUCUGGAGGUCCGCUGGCCGUUCCCACGCUGCCCUGCUUUAGCAUGGAGAGUCUCCAGCUCAGUGAUUAUGGGUCUGGUGGGAUCCUACUCCUACUUCUGGACCAAGUACAUGAACGUUCUGACGGUUCACAAUCACGAGGUUCUGUUGGAGCUGAUCGACCAGCGGCCAUCGGACACGCCCCUCAUCACUCUGUCCAAUCACCAGUCCUGCAUGGACGACCCGCACCUCUGGGGUGUUCUGAAAUUCGGACAGCUGUGGAACUUCAACAAGAUGCGCUGGACUCCUACAGCUUCAGAUAUCUGCUUCACCAAAGAGCUUCACUCCAGGUUCUUCAGCAGAGGAAAAUGUGUUCCUGUGUGCAGAGGUGAUGGAGUUUAUCAGAAAGGAAUGGACUUCAUCCUGGAAAGAUUAAACAGAGGAGAGUGGGUCCACAUCUUUCCAGAAGGUAAAAUCAACAUGACUGAAGAGUUCCUGCGGCUGAAGUGGGGCGUCGGUCGGCUGAUAGCAGAGUGUUCCCUGAACCCCAUCAUCCUGCCGCUGUGGCACGUAGGUUUGAGCGACGUUCUGCCGAACGUGACGCCGUACAUCCCUCGGACUGGAAAGAGGAUCACCGUCCUGGUGGGGAAACCGUUCAGUGUGAAGGAGAUCGUUGAUUCGCUGCGAGCUGAGAACAAGAGUCAGAUGGAAAUGAGGAAGACUCUGACUGACUUCAUCCAGGACGAGUUCCAGAGUCUGAAGGUUCAGGCUGAAGUCCUCCACCGGCAGGUCCAGACCACAUCCUGAACCGCAGCCGUCCCCCUUCUGUCUGAGACUGGAUCCACCAGACCUGAACCAGAACCGCACCAGACCUGCACCAGACCUGCACCACCAGACCUGCACCAGACCUGAACCACCAGACCUGUACCAGACCUGCACCCGACCUGCACCAGACCUGAACCACCAGACCUGCAUCAGACCUGAACCACCAGACCUGCACCAUACCUGCACCACCAGACCUGCACCAGCCCUGAACCACCAGACCUGCACCAGACCUGCACCACCAGACCUGCACCACCAGACCUGCACCUGACCUGCACCAGACCUGCACCACCAGACCUGCACCAGACCUGAACCACCAGACCUGCACCAGACAUGCACCAGACCUGCACCAGACCUGAACCAGAGCUGCACCAGACCUGCACCACCAGACCUGCACCAGACCUGCACCAGACCUGCACCACCAGACCUGCACCAGACCUGCACCACCAGACCUGCACCAGACCUGCAACAGACCUGCACCAGACCUGCACCAGACCUGCACCAGACCUGCACCACCAAACCUGCACCAGACCUGCACCAGACCUGCACCAGGACCAGGACCUCCACCCAAGCCCGAUUAUGUGGUUCUGGUUUUAUUGAGUCUGGUCCUGGUCUUGGUCCUGGUCCAGGAGCACAGGUGCAUGAUGGGUAAUCUCAGCCAGUAUCCAUGGAAACGCAUCAGUGCCAACACAGGAAGUUCUGGACUGUUUCCAUAGCAACAGUCUGUCGUUCAGUAUCUGACCAAUCAGAUCAAUCGAUCGUUCAACGGCACAUUUGUUGAUUAGAAUGUUUAUUGAUCAGGUUGCAUCAAGCUGAUCAAUAACUUAUAAUACAGUGUUACACUGUAGAUGUUAUUAUUGAUCUAAUGGUAAUUGAUCUAAUGGUAAUUGAUCUAAUGGUAAUUGAUCUCUAAUGGUAAUUGAUCUAAUGGUAAUGGAUCUCUAAUGGUAAUUGAUCUAAUGGUAAUUGAUCUCUA